CAAAUACAAAUCUUUACUAAAAAUACUUGCUUUCCAGCCCUGGAUUUUUGCUUAGCACAUGCGCCGUUCUAAAGCCCGUCUUCUGCAAAAGUUCAGAAGGAUAUACAAGGAUUACAAUUCAUGCAAUAAUCAACAAAAUAUAGUUAUGCUAAUUCAGUGACACUGUGAACGAAUAGCAAAGGUUAAGUCGCACACUAAGCUGCGUUUUCUGACCAUCAAAGAAGCUCCCAAGGAUUAUUAUUAUUAUCAUCGAUUUUUGGGACGCUCGUAGCAACCCCUGAAAAAAAAUCCACCAGAAUAUCAAGAAAUGGCUUAUCGUCUAAAGGCCACCAAAUGUCCCACGGACGAGCUUUCGCUGACCAAUCGGGCUAUAGUGAAUGUGGGUGAUUUCCCGGAUGAAGUCAAGUAUGCGGACAUAUCGCCAGCUCCGGGCCAGCACUUCAUCUUUGCGCUGGAGAAGACUGUCGAGGUGCCCAGCGGCUAUGUGGGCUUCUCCCUGGUCCAACGAAAGUGGGCCAUGGUGUCCAUUAACCAGGAGCUGGAGGUUCGUCCCUAUCGCUUCGAUGCCAGCUCGGAUGUCAUCACCUGUGUGUCCUUCGAGACGGACUUUCUGCAGAAGAAAACUGUCUCCCAGGAGCCCUAUGACUCCGAUCAAAUGGCCAAGGAGUUCAUCAUGCAGUUCGCCGGAAUGGCCCUCACCGUCGGCCAAUCACUGGUCUUCAAUUUCAAGGACAAGAAACUUCUCGGCCUGGCCGUCAAAUCCCUGGAGGCCAUCGAUCCCAAGAGCUUGGGCGAGGGCAAGGAGCCUUCGAUGCGUAAUGUCCGCUUCGGCCGCAUCCUGGGCAACACGGUGGUGCAGUUCGAGAAGGCCGAGAACAGCUCGCUGAAUCUGCAGGGCAAGAGCAAGGGCAAGGUGGUGCGCCAGUCCAUUAUAAAUCCGGACUGGGACUUUGGCAAGAUGGGCAUCGGUGGCCUGGACAAGGAGUUCAAUUCGAUAUUCCGGCGAGCCUUCGCAUCCCGUGUCUUCCCACCGGAACUGGUCGAGCAGCUGGGCUGCAAGCACGUCAAGGGCAUUCUGCUCUACGGUCCACCGGGUACGGGCAAGACUCUGAUGGCUCGCCAAAUCGGCACCAUGUUGAAUGCCCGGGAGCCGAAGAUCGUCAACGGUCCGCAGAUCCUUGACAAGUACGUGGGCGAAUCGGAGGCCAAUGUACGGCGGCUGUUCGCCGAAGCGGAGGAGGAGGAGAAGCGCCUGGGUCCCAACAGUGGACUACAUAUCAUUAUCUUCGACGAGAUCGAUGCCAUUUGCAAGCAGCGUGGCUCCGUGGCCGGCAAUAGUGGUGUCCACGACACCGUCGUCAAUCAAUUGCUAACCAAAAUCGAUGGCGUUGAUCAGCUGAAUAACAUUCUCGUUAUUGGCAUGACCAAUCGCAGGGACAUGAUCGACGAGGCCUUGCUGCGACCCGGUCGCCUCGAGGUCCAAAUGGAGAUCAGCCUGCCCAACGAGCAGGGUCGCGUCCAGAUCCUCAAUAUCCACACCAAGCGAAUGCGCGAUUUCAACAAGAUUAACGACGAUGUGGACAACAAGGAGAUUGCCGCGCUCACCAAGAAUUUCAGCGGAGCCGAGCUGGAGGGCUUGGUCCGUGCCGCCCAGUCGAGUGCCAUGAACCGACUGAUCAAGGCCGAUGCCAAAGUGACCGUGGAUCCCGAGGCCAUGGAGAAGUUGAAGGUCAAUCGGGAUGACUUUCUGCAUUCCCUGGAGAACGACAUUAAGCCGGCAUUCGGUACGGCCCAGGAGAUCCUGGACAAUAUGCUGGCCCGGGGUGUUAUCAACUGGGGAACUCCGGUUAGCAAUCUCCUCGAGGACGGCAUGCUGUAUGUGCAGCAGGCCAAGGCUCCAGAGUCUAGCGGCUUGGUUUCCGUACUCGUGGCCGGAGCCCCCAACUCUGGUAAGACGGCACUGGCCGCUCAGCUGGCCAAGAUGUCGGAUUUCCCGUUCGUGAAGGUCUGCUCGCCGGAGGAUAUGGUCGGCUACACUGAGUCGGCCAAGUGCCUGCACAUCCGCAAGAUCUUCGAUGACGCGUAUCGUUCUACGCUUAGCUGCAUUGUGGUUGACAAUGUGGAGCGUCUGCUGGACUACGGAUCGAUUGGACCGCGAUAUUCCAAUAUGACGCUACAGGCACUGCUGGUGCUGCUCAAGAAACAGCCGCCCAAGGGCCGCAAACUGCUCAUACUGUGCACUUCUAGUAGGAGGGAGGUCCUGGAAGAGAUGGAGAUGCUGACCGCCUUCACCUCGGUGCUCCACGUUCCCAACUUAUCCCAGCCGGAACACGUUCUGGCCGUGCUCGAGCACACGGAUAUCUUCAGCAAGGGCGAGAUUCAGGCGAUUGGCAAGAAGAUGGCCGGCAAACGCGUGUUUAUUGGCAUCAAGAAGCUCCUGGGUCUCAUCGAUAUGGCAAGGCAGACGGAGCAAUCACAGCGGGCCAUCAAGUUCCUGUCCAAGAUGGAAGAGGAGGGUGGCCUGGACAUGGUGGCGCGGCAGUGAGGCAUCUGAAACUGGAUGUGCCCAAAUGCAGUCUCAAUUAUUAGCUUCUAAGUGCUAAGGCCGGGCUGGAUAGCGAUGAAUCCGUAUCCCAAAAACGAAUCAGAAUCGUUGACUCCAUGUACACGUAUACACCGCUAAACUUAUAUUAUAUAGACAGAUAUAUACAGUUACAUAUACGAUCCAGGCUUCGCGUUGUUUGUUCGAUCCCAAAAUCCAGAUAAAAAUCCACAUCCCGAAGGAGUUUCCUGUGUUUCUGAGUUCGCCCCCAGAGCUCAAUCAAAUCAGACAGAUAUGUGAGACCCGUGACCUGAAGAUGAUGGCAUAUAUAUGGCAUAAAACAGCUAAAUGGAAAGAUACUCAAUUACAUUUAUAAAUAACACGCGUAGCUACUAUCUCGUUAUAGGCAUGAUAAUCUUUCUCGUUACCUUUAAUUUUAGGACUUUUGCUUCAGUACAUUCCCAACAAAAAAUAAACGAAUAGCGGGAGAAAACACCAAAGUUUUUGCCUUUGGGCAUUGUGAACGUUGUUUAUCGGAAACUAACUUAUUAAAUAUUUAUUAAAUCAAAUAUUGUUAACCGCCAAUGUUACAAAUAUAUCUUAAAUAAAAUAAAACGAUCUCAAAUUCCAACUUUAGCUGGCUCGCUUUUACGCU